UAUAAAGCAAUUAAAAUCUUACCUAUUGGCCCAUCUUCAAGCAGUGGGAUCUCACUUUUUGAACUUUUCAGCUUUCUUUCUCCCUGAUUGUUUGGAAGUGCUUGAAUUCAGAAAGCAGUGCACCGAUGGCUUUUCCUGGGUUUCUUCUAGCUUUGUUCUUGCUUUCGUGCUUGGCGGCUUCUUGCUGUGGUGUUACCUUCUCUUCCCUUCAGGACACUCUUAUUGUCACUGCUUCACCUCAACCAGGCCAAGUUCUGAAAGCUGGGGAAGAUAAAAUCACUGUCACAUGGGCACUGAACACUAGCUUCCCAGCUGGGAUAGAUUCUGCCUACGGCACAAUAAAGGUCAAGCUUUGCUUUGCACCAAUCAGCCAACAAGAUCGUGCGUGGAGGAAAACAGUGGACAAUUUGAAAAAGGACAAGACCUGUCUACACAAAAUUGUUGCCAAACCAUACAGCACUUCUAACAACACCUUCACCUGGACAGUGCAGAGGGAUGUGCCAACUGCUACAUAUUUCAUCAGGGCCUACGCGUGUAACUCUGCUGAUGAAGAGGUAGCUUACGGCCAGACCACGGAUUCUCACAAGACCACUAACUUGUUUGAGGUCCAGGCGAUCUCCGGCCGUCACGUGUCGCUAGACAUCGCAUCAGUUUGCUUCUCUGCUUUCUCCAUCCUUUCCUUGUUUGGGUUCUUCUUCCUGGAAAAGAGAAAGGCCAAGGCGUCCCAAACAAAGUGAUGUGAACUAUGAAUACUUUUCCUUGUGUUUUAUUCAUACAUUAGUUUUUAUCAUAUAAUCAGGCUAUGAGGUUGUUUGGUGGAGCUGUUUCUCAGGAUACGAGCCAAUGUGUGAUGUCUUAAGGUUGGAUGAGAGGUUUGAAUUAAGUUCAGAAAUUAAAUGAAUUGCUCUUUCAGUA